AUCAAACGGUAAAAUGAUGUCAGGCCCCAGGUAGUAGACUAAGUGUUAGUGUUCGGGGAAAUUGUGUAUGUAUCAAUGAUCGACCUGAGCUGAAAAUGUUUGAACAAAUAUGGAGUCAAGAAAGUUGAUAUGUAUCGUUACUAAGUAAUAGGAGCGGUCAUGAGGAGAAGAGUUGACGCUGUGGUGGACUUUGCCUAUGAGGCUGAGCAGGAAGAUGAACUGUCCUUGAAGAUCGGAGAUAUCAUCAAAAAUGUCAUACAAAGUGAUGGUGGCUGGUGGGAGGGGGAGCUCAAUGGCAAGAAGGGGAUGUUCCCAGAGAACUUUGUGAAGGUGCUGAAACAAGACGACAAAGGAAAAUCUCCAGGUAUUGGGAAGAAGGAAGCUCCAGAGCGCAAGUCCGUUCGAGAAUUAGCCAGCAAAUUUAAAGACAACAUGCCUCUUGGACCACUACCACCGAAAAAGAAAGAUAAGAAAAAGAAAUGCAAGGUUAUGUUUGACUACACACCGGAGAAUGAAGAUGAGCUGCUACUCAAGGAGGGAGAAAUCAUUGACUUCAUACGAGAGGUUGAGGAUGGAUGGUGGGAGGGCAGCAACAAUGGCCCCAGUGGUGUGUUCCCAUCCAACUUUGUGGAGAUGUGUGAGGAACAGCCAGAGGAUGCAGGACAACCAGAUGUCCCAGACAAACCAAGUGGGAUCGGUUCUGGUGAUGAGUCAUCUGGCAGUGUUCACGAGAUAAAGGGAAAGAAGGUGAUCGGUAUUGGCCUGGGGAACAUCUUCCAAGGCGGCCCAAUCAAACUCCGCUCUGCUCCCAAAAACAAAGAAGCACCUCCCGUGGAGGCGAAGAAGCACGCUGAUGUAAAGGAGCCACCUAAACCACCACCCCAUGAGCCAGCCCGACCUCCGCCCCUGGAACCAGUCCGGCCACCCCUUCCUGAACCCACCAAGGCCCCUGUAGCUGAUCCCAUACCCAUCACGACUGAGGUGGUCAAGAGAGAGAAAAAAGUGAACAGAGCCGUUGUGAGAUUCUCCUACACCGCAGAGCAGCCUGAUGAGUUGUCCUUGAAGGAAGGGGAGACCAUCUCAGUGCUUGACACCAAACUGGAGGAUGAAGGAUGGUGGAAGGGAGAGGUCAAUGGCAAAGUUGGUGUUUUCCCGGACAAUUUUGUGGAACUCAUCCCAGAAGAAGCUCCCAAACCUAAGAAGCCUCCACCCCCAUCUAUCUCGACCAUACCCAAGGCCCCUCCAGGUGGUGGGGGCGGGGCAGGCAAGCCUGGUCUGUACCCCAAGCUGCCUGACAGGGUCCCUGCUGCCGACCCCCAUCUCACAGAGUCCAAGAAACAUGACACAAAACAUGAUGGCAAACACAAGCCGGAGGCACCGAGCAACAAGAUCAAAGACCACACAGCUCAUUUGAAGGGACCACCGCCUCCGAAGCCGACACAAUCCACCAACGAUCGGGUGGCUCCCCCAUCUACAGCUGCCAAAAAACCCUUUGUCCCUCCCCCUGUGGGCAAAAAGCCCCCUCCCCCAAAACCUGACCCCCCAAAGCCAACUGAGCCUGCCAAGCUGGAAAGUAAACCUGUGAGCGUGACGGCCACCAUUGACUCUAGAACAAAGGACGCUCGGGAAGGCAAUGAGCUCGCAGACGAUAAGGAGCCUCCUGGCCAAUCAGACCAGGGAGAAGCAGAAAACAACUUUGAGUCCUUGGAGCCCACCUCCCAGAAGCUGACACACUUGACAGCAUCCCGAGCUAAAGGACCAAAGAAGAGGCCACCCUCGACAAUAUUCAACUUAGGGGAGAACCCAGACAGCCCUGACUCUGAGGAACUGCCUUCAUCUUCCACCCCCCAGGCAGUUCACACACAGCACAAUGACAGCAGGGCUCCGCACACAUCUAAAGAGAAGCAGUCAAGUAUAUCGGAUGUGGAGAAGAGGUCCACCAGUCACUCACACAAUCAGUCGAACCACCAACCCCACCACACAGCACCGCCACGCCCACCAGAACCCUCGGCCACAUCAGGACAAGCAGGUGGGGCUGCCGUGUCCAAGAUUCUGGAGGAGGUGCAGCGAGAACUGCGGGACCUGCGAACAAACACAGUGAGUCGAAGCACCUACCUUGAGAUGCGUGCAGACUAUGACCGACUCAAACAGGAAGUAGAAAGCUUCAAAUCCUCUUCCACAAAGAAGAUCCGAGAGCUGAUGAUGGAGGUGGACGAGGAGAAAAAGCUGAGGCUCAACACACAGGUGGAGAUUGAGCGCAUCAAAAAACUGCUGGCAGAAACAAAUGUGUGAGCUUGAGGAACAUCCCACCAGUGUAAUCCAAUAUCUAGGGGACAGUAGCCAUGAGGCACAGUAGGAACUCCGGAGAAUACACAGACCAAUGUUCACAGACAUAACGGACAUGAGCCUGACAAAAGCAUAUCAGGAUCUCAACACAAACAAUGUAUGUCUGUUAUAUUCAGACGGAACUGCCUACUUACUCAUUCAGUGUAUACACUAAUGCAUAUGGAGCAGAACAGCAGUGUUGAAAUGUUAUAGCUCAACACUGAGCCUUCUCCAGGCUAAUGACGUUCUCAUUUAUAGCUCCACAGGAAAAGAAAGGAUCAAUGUAGAUAUUCGCCUGACAUGCAGACCUUGUGUAAACAAGUAUACCUUGUGCCAGUAGGGUAUGGUGUACACAUGGUUGUAAUGUAGCUUGUGUUGACUCUCAUGAGGUCUUAUCAACAUGGUUGUAAUUUACUUCUCCACAUUUGACAACUGGUACAAGUUUUAUCUUACAUUUCCAGCUAUAGCCUGGGUCCUGUUGGUAUCCGAUGUCCUGUGUAGUGUGAAUGUUAACAUGCGUGAAAUGAGACAAGAGAGAGUGGCAUCUGCUGCUCACAAAUGUCUGUGCUGUACAUUGCUGCUGGGAGACUGUGACGCAAGCACUGUGGGAACCUGGGUGUGAAGCUUGUGCUGUGAUAUCUCCAGCGCUUGGAGAUGCUGCCUAGAUAGAGCUGCUUUAUUGUAAGCGUGCUGGUCUGACUGACCAGCUGGACAUCACAUAUGUCCAAGCAUCAUGCCGGUGGCCACUUUCAACAUUCCAUUGUGGGUCAUAUGCCUAUGUGAUGUGUACAAUGAUAUUAACACUAAUCCUGAUAUCACACAGCAUUAUCCUUUCUCUAUGUUACAUUAUUAACCUGCCAAAUCUGUUUGAUAUACAUGCUUGUCAUUUAACUAAGCUGAAGGAAAAACAUAUUCUGUACCCAGCCGGGGACUGUAUGUACAGGCUCCCUUGAUGCAGAGACUCCUCUGUCAUUUGACAGAAAGA